GAACAUGAUACGUCUGCAUAUAUUAAUUCAGGGCAUUGUUUUUUGUGUUCAUGCGAUGCGAUGAAAAAAUGUCGAAACUUUAUCCAUUAUUUGAGUUCAUUACCACUGAGAAGUUGGUUGGAAAAAAUAUAAACUGGUCUCAAAACUGAAAAGCUAAAGCUGGUGCUCAAGAUGGAGCGCGUGAUCUAUGUCAUUUGUGAUUUGUCCCCUAUUCCUCCUAAUGAGGAUGAUGAUCAUGAAUCCCUGACUGUCUAUACAAAAUACACUAAGUGAGAAAGGGACAAUGAAGUGGCCAUAGUCUACACGUUGGCCUUUAUAUUUGAUUUUGAUAUCCUCCGCAACAGUUGUGGAACAUGAUAAAUGUGAGGGACAUUUACCUACAGUUACAGGAAAUACUCGAUUCUCAGAUUACAGCCAAAGUUUAUACCUAGGAGAGAGAAUAUAAAACUUGAAACUAGAAGAGGAUGCUCCUAUAAGCGAUCAUAUACUUAAAAUGUAUGAGAUCUCUAACCAGCUUGAAAUGUUUGGAGCAGCCAAGGAGGAAGUCACUAUGGUAAACAUGGUUUUCACGUCAUUGACUCAUAUGUACAAAAGGUUUGCAGACAAUUAUAACAUGAAUAGGCUCACCUAUUAUGAGAUGGAUUUGCACACCCAGUUCGUCAUCUUUGAGGCUAACAACAAGACUGAGAAAUCGCAUGUUGCUUAUUUGACUAAAUGUUCCUCUGAUAACAAGCCCAAAUCCAAGGAACUUAAGGAAGGAAGCCAGAAUCAUAACCCUGAAGGCCCACAGGUGGUGUCCAGAAGCCUGGGUAAAACAUCAAGUAAAACACCGUUUCUCAGAUGAAUGGUCAUUGAAAGGUAUAAUCAUCCAAUACUAAAGAACAUAUCUAAAUGCUCACAGACCGAAACUUCCUCAAAUAGGGUUUGUGUGGUGAUUGAGCUCCCAUCCUUGCUACGCUCCAAAGUUCAGGCUCUUGCAAGCUUUUGUCCUCUCUUCACUUCCUAUCCCAUUCUUUUUUACUAUCUACACAUCACAGUCACAGUUUGGCAGUAGUUAGGAAGUAUGCAUGUGAUUAUUAAUUUAGAAUGAUUACAAAAGCAAUACCUACAUUUACCUCACAAGCAAACUCUCUUGAGUACGAAGCACUCACUCUUGAGAUGUUCGGGUUUCCCAUAGAGCCAACAAGGUCCUUUCUCUUUUCUGCCAUUGCCCCUAGCUGACCUUUCUCUGACUUCUUGAUAGAUUUUAAUUAACCUAGUUUUAUAAAUCCCUAUAUAGAUAUUGUCAAGUUUCUACCAUGAAAAACUAUAGAAGGGGAGGAUUUCUUGUAGAUCACCAUCAUUCGAAACUUUAUUGGUUGUUGAUGUCAUUCCUUCAAUCGAGAAGGCUCUCUCCCAGAUCUAUCCUAUUUAAAGAAAGGAGCCAACAUGCCACUCACUAGAGUAGGGCUAGUGUGGCGCGUGAGAGCCAUCCACAAAUGGAUGUCUGGAUGGAAGCAAGAGAGAGAAGAUAGAUUCUCUCUCUUUCCUCUUUUGUUGUCUCUUGCUCUUUCUAGUGAUGAUGCUCAGGGGUUGAAACGUCCAAGGAUCUCUCCAAUCCCUCUGGCAUAGGAUGUAUUUAGUAGGAAUUAGGCUUUUAGGGAGCGACACCAAUAUAGUGCUCCACUACCCUACAAACUUUUGUAUGCGCUAUUACCCCUAAAGUUUGUAAUCCUGCCUAACCAUGUACCCCAAUCCCUCCACUUAUCAUGGCCAUCCAUCCCUAAUCCAAUAACCGUGCAAGUCAAGUGGUGUACCACAAGAUCUCAACUGUUGAAAUUACCAUCAAGUACAAUUAAAACCUUGUAACGGUUAAAACAAAAGAUCAACAGUCAAAAACAGUUAUGAAACCAUUUAAAACUUUUUGAGUACCAGUGCCAGCGAAAAACCAAUUAAUGGAUGGUUCGAUCUACUAGGUCUUAGUCAUAAGAAUGUUACUUAGUAACCAAUGGAUCCCUUGUUGGAUCAUAUGGGCCUCAAUCGUAUCCUAAUGUUGGAAUGCAACAAUAUACAUAUAAAGGAAUUCAAAUUUUCACUCUUUCUUUCCAUAUUUCGAAUGAACAUGCAUUUUUUUAAUAUUCUUUUUGAUACACUAAUAUGCUAAGGUGGCAUGCAAACUUGUAUAUCUGGUGUAGUAGUUUCUCAAGUUCCUAUGAAUGAUUUGUUCUUCCUACAGUUACUUCAUAUAAUUCCAUUUUCUAAUAAUAUCUCGCCUUUGACUUCAAUCCUUUUAAUAGUGUUAUUCCCUUGUGAUCUAACAUUGGCUUAAUGAGGUUAAAUAUUCCUUUCAUUUUUCAGUUCAUAUUUGCCAUCAUGGCCAACAUGAAGGGACAAGGUGGUAUUCAGAUGUUGUUGACAGCUGAACAAGAGGCUCAACAAACUGUCACUGGUGCAAGAAAUAUGAAAAUGACGAGGUUGAGGCAAGCAAAACAGGAAGCAGAUAGGGAAGCUGCAGCUUAUCGUGCUUAUUUGGAGGAUGAGCAUCGACGAAAAGAUUUGGAGGUAGCUGUGGUGAGCAUAAAGGGGAAGAUCCUUUUUGGGCUACUUUUCUGAUGGUUUGUCUCUUAUUCAUUAUUAUUUUUAUUUUUUCAGAAUUAUUCUUUUGAAUAGAUUGUAAUAAAGCCUGAGAAAAAGAGAAAUCAUUGGAGGACAUGGAUUGUCGGUUACUGACCGUUGGUGAUUUUUCUUAAAUUUAAUUUCUCUAUUUUUCAGUGGAAGUGAUCUGUUUUUGUUUUGAAAUUUUUAUUUUUAUUUUUUCAGAAUUAUUCUUUUGAAGAGAUUGUAAUAAAUCCUGAGAAAAAGAGAAAUCAUUGUUGGAGCA